UUAAAAAAAAAAUUAAAAUUAAAAAUAUUCAUUUUCCGACAUUCAUUUUAUAAUUUUUUUCCAAUUGUUCCAACGAAUAAUCGUUGGAAAAUUUGCUAAAUUGAAUUUGUUUGGUAUAAUUUUUUUUUGCGGCAGUGCUGCUCAUUAAAAAAAAAACUUACCACAACGCCCUCCAGUAUAUUCGUUUGUAACUAAAGCACUCAUUGUUUUUUUUCAAAUUCAAUUUACAAAAAAAAUGCUCUACCUUGAAGAUUAUCUUGAAAUCAUUGAAAAUCUACCUCAAGAAUUACGAGAUAGAUUUACCGAAAUGAGAGAAUUGGAUCUUCUAGUCAACAAUGAAAAAGAUAAACAUGAAGAACGGCAACAACUUUUUUUCAGUCAACGUACUGCCGAUUUACCGGAAGACAUUCAGCGACAGGAAUAUUUGCAACUGAGACAGGAUUUUGAAAAAAUUAUCGAAUAUUCAUUUGAAAAAUUUUCCAUUGCCAUCCAACUUGGUGAACUUAUUGAUAAAUAUUAUCGACGAUUAGAAAUGGAUCUACAAAAAUUCAAACUUGAAUUAGAAGCCGAUAAUGCCGGAAUAACCGAAAGACUUGAGAAACGUAUCUCUGAAUCGGAUAAUGUCGUAUCGACAAAUUAUAGCCGUGGAGAGAAACGUAAACAUGCAUCAUUAAUGACAUUAAAUACUGGAUGUGGAAAAUAUAAUAAUAACAAUGAUAAAACCACGAUGAAUGAUCAACGUUCAUUGAAUGGAUAUAAUGUUGCAAAACAGAAUAGAAAUACAAUGGCAAAUGUGUCAACAACACAACAAUCAUCCUUUGAUAAUAAUUGUCUUUCCAAUUGGAAUACGACAAAAUCAUCGGAUAAAUCGUCGGGUAAUAAUUUCAAUACGAAAAUAAAUCUAUCCGGACCUAGUGCCAUUGCUGCAAUUGCAUCACAAGCUAUUGUGCAAACAUCACAAUCCAAUACUGUUGGAAGAAAAACUGCCAGCUUGAAAGCUAGCUAUGAAGCAAUCAAUUCGAAUACAGGAUUAUCCAAUUUCUAUCAAUUCAAUGCGAAUCGUUCGAAUGAUGAAGAACGUAAUGGUGGUGGUGGUGGUGGUAUGGGUGAUCAAUCUGGACCAAUAGAUCGAUUGAAAAGAUCACGUAUUAAACGAAAUCGUACUAGUAAUCAAUUCAAUAAUAAUAAUUUAGAUGCAUCCAAUAAUAGCUCAGAUCCUGGAUCAUCCGAUGCAGCCAAUGCUGAUUACAACAAUAUGAAUGAACCACGAUAUUGUUAUUGUGAUUCCGUUUCAUAUGGUGAAAUGAUUUUCUGUGAAAACAAAGAGUGUCCAUAUCAAUGGUUCCAUUAUGAAUGUGUUGGCAUCAAAGUACCACCGGAUGGUAGCUGGUUCUGUCCAACAUGUUUAAAAGAUGUUAAAGAACGAUACAGAAAAGAUACUAUUGCCAAUUGAUUAUAUUAUAUUGAUGUCCAUUUCCAUCAUCAUCAUCAUCAUCAUUUGACUUUUCAUUUUUUUUCUCAUAAUUGAUCCAAAAAAAAGUUAAUCAUUCAAUUGUAUGAUGAGUGUAUAUGUCAACAAGAAAACAUUCAGCCGCAUAUAGAGUUUGUUUGAUUGAUACAUUUUUUCAUUUCAUUUUUUUUAUUUGAAAAUAAACAAUGUAUAUGCUUUA